CUUCAUAACAAACCUUUGCUGCGUCACACAGUUUGUGUCCACGCCACGGAGCUGUCACAAAACGCGUGAGACGUUCACUCCACUUUAGGUUUUUCUGGGCUACACGAACGCAGAUGGGACAUGGCAAUGGCCUCUCCGUCGACAUCCACAGCUGUUCCGGCUACAACGUCUGAGAUGAUCGCCCACUCUGGAGGGAUAGACGCACUCAGGCUGAAGGUGGGGCCUGUGCGUAGGAACCUGUUCGGCCCCGUAGACCACGAGCAGCUGCAGCAGGACUUCCAGAGGCUCUUCCGCAUGAACGUGGAGGUGGCCAACAAGCGCUGGAACUUUGACUUCGAGAGGGACAGGCCAGCGCAGGGCUCCACCGUGGAGUGGGAAGAGCUCAGCUGUCAGGAUGUGCCGGCGUUCUACCGUAGCUGCACCGUGAGUCCGGCGAUACAGACCGGAAUUGGGAUGGCAAAGCCUCCUAGAUGGCUGCUGUCUUCAUCAGAUGAGGGCUCCCCUUUAUCCACCAGCUCAUCUUGUUCUGGGGACGAUUACCUCGAGGUGUCCACCGGGGGGCGCUACUGGCUUAGACAGCCAAGAAAGCGCGAACAGCCUGCUAUCACAGAUUUCUUCAAGGUGAAGAAGAGGCGGCGUCUACAUUAUAAAGAGUCGUCUCGGCAGUAGAGAUGUCCAAACAAAGUGGAGGAUCAUAGUGGUCAAACUUCCUGGACAUAUCACCUCAUAGCUACAUGAGUAUGUAGCAAUUCGUAAUUGACUGACAGCUGGUGAACUUGACAACACAUACCUUUUAUUCUGCAGCACGAGGAAGCUAUCAUUUUACUAGUUAAUCUAGACCUGAGUUUGGAGAUAUAUAUGUAUAUAAAACUUUAUACUUUUUUUUUCAGAUUUGAGUAUACUGUGAAAUAAUUUCAAAUGCACUCUUUCAGGAAGUGACAAGUUCAAGUUCUUAUUCUGAACCUGAAGUCUUGGGCCUGACCUCAGUACUCAACCCUUUUUCACAAGAGGUUUUGUUUAGGCGAGUUACUAUUCCCGGACUCGCUCCAUGCUUCUAAUUAAGUCUCACCCCCACGUCGCGACACGCGCGGAGCCAGAGGUCAAAACCUUACUCAGGGUUAAAACUGUCGGCGUGAACACCAUUAGCUACAAAAAGUCAAUGGCGGAGGGACAAAGGCCAUACCUUUGACUGUAAUUUAAAAGUCUUACAGCCGUUUGAUUACAGAUUUAACAUGAUGCUAGAUUUUCAAAAAAAAA